CGCAUCUAGCUAACCAGCUAGCUGGCUGGCUGGCUCGUUGUGCGCUUUUACGCACGGCACUUGUCUAAAGGCUCACUUACCCACGACAGUCGUAAACGUCAAUGAGCGCGUGAUUCCCGCCUAUCAACAAGAGAGUAAAACGUUGUGAGAGACUGCUCGUGCCCCACCUCUCCUUCGCUGGCUUUGGGAGAAAGUAAACAGCUCGGCUCUACACACCUUAUCGCUCACAAGCAGGCGCGUAACCGCGUUGCGCUAUCCAUGGUAUCUAAACAAAAAACAAGCCUCCCCCGGACGAGAGCAGCGGCAAACGCGUUUGUGGCAGGUUGUUCUCCAGUUAUGCAAGUGGACAACAGAAGGUCAAAGACUUGCUGUUAACAGAGAAGACAAAAGGAUGACAUAUCAUCACCUGAGCCGCUUGUUGGCACUUUACAUGAUAUUCUGCGCCACGCGUACAGCUUCCAUCGACCAAGGCGCACGGGAUUUCGAAAAAAAAGUGUUUAUGAUGCUGAAAGAAGAGCCAGAAAACCCCAAGUGCUUUGCAGAAGGCAGGAAGGACUUCACGUGCUUCUGGGAGGAAUAUGAGGAGAGGGCCAGCUCUGUGGAUCAGUACUGCUUCACAUACACCUACCAAAAUGAAAACAGCAGCAAGUGUCCACUGAGAGUCCUCCCUGUGGCAGGCGCGAAGAAGCUGUUCAUCUGCCACCUGAACCAAACCCAGAUGUUUGUCCGAAUGGACAUAGAAGUUCAUCGAGAGGGAAUACUGAUCCACAACCGUAGCCUUCUCGUCGAGCUUCUGUUUCUUCUGGACCCUCCGGCUAACGUGACAGUGAGCAGCACGGGCCAGCAAGGUCAGCUGAAUGUCACCUGGGUGCCUCCUCCUCUCAAGUACAUGGAUGACAGCAUGAUGUACGAGAUUGGCUACACUACGGCGGACAGCCACGUGGGGCAGGUAGAAGUGGCACGAGCCAGUUCAGAGUUGAUCCUGAGAGGCCUGCAGCCCGGUACAAAGUACAAAGUGCGAGUCCGUGUAAAGCUAGACGGGAUUAGCUACAACGGCUAUUGGAGUGCCUGGAGUGAGCCAGUGUUCAUGAAAACACUGCCUGCAGAACUCGACAUACUCCUCGUGUCUCUGACUCUCAUCAUCUCUUUCGUCCUCAUUGUGCUGUCUCUCACUCUGCUCCUGUUCCAUCGCAGGUUUCUUACAAAGAAGAUUUGGCCAACUAUUCCAACUCCUGACAACAAGUUCCAGGGCCUUUUUACUGUUUAUGGUGGGGACUUUCAGAAGUGGUUGGGGCAGACCAACGGUGGCUUAUGGUUGACUCCAGCUUUGUUCAACUUAGAAGAAUGCCCAUCUCCACUGGAAGUCCUGUCAGAGCUCAGCCUUUGCCCCCCACAGCACUCCCCGCCUCUGCCACCGAAGGCCUCUGAAGCUUUGACCACAGGCAGGAAGGAGGACACGGAUGUAAAGAAAGGGCUGAAGAAGACCGAGCCAGUGCAAAGAGGUGAUUCAUGUCUGACAGAGGAAUGGAGAGCCACACCACACGACCACUGGCUGAUGGACCGCUUACGGGCGCUCCAACAGAACCCCGUCCCCUGCUCCCAGUCCUCCAUGCUGGAGUCUCAAGACGCCUACGUCACCCUCAGUGCCAACAACCACAAUGCAGACGAACACCUGGAUGACAUUCUCGAGGAGACCUCACCCCUUGAGGUGCUUUUUGCCUCUAGAAAGACAGCGUUGUGUGAAUCUUACUCUGACCUGGGAUCCGUGCCGCAGAGCUCCGGGUCGGGUCGACUUUCAUCACAGUCCAGCUUUGAGUACCCAAACCAAGCCUGGAUGUCCAAAGGCCCAGGGUACACCUACAUGGCAGUGGCAGAUUCUGGGGUCUCUAUGGACUACAGCCCCAUGAGCAGAGUAGACGACAUUGGAAAAUUGGUUAUCUACGCCAAUGACUACAAGAACGAGAUCCCUGCUUAUAGAAGACCCUUCCUGUCGAGGCAGCACCCUUUCCAUGAUGACGGCUGAUAAGGAGCUAAGUUGGACAGGCUGCACAUGGACUGAGCCUUGAAGCACGCUCAGUGAAGGGUAUUGGGAUAUUCACCCAAAGCUACAUAGCCUCAACUGUUAAGAAAAGUGUACCAAGGAUUUGGAAGCUGACUUACACCAAAGUGUAAGCUAAAGGACUUAAGAAGGAAGAGUCCACUGGAUGUACAUGCACAGCAUUUUUACUUUAUCCAAAUCAUCUCUGAGCUGUACAGGACAAUACCAUUACACACAAAUGGCAGCAAAUACUUGACAUUUAAUGCAAAAGUCUGCGUGCUGAUCUGGAGUUAUUCUAUCCUGUAGAUCAGAUCGGGAUUUUCUUUUAUAAUUCACCAUAAUUGAAGCUGAGGGUGCAAACUCCCUGAGUGUUUCCAUGGUGAGUGUUAAUUUUAAGCUUAAACGAAAGAAUGGCUGUUAGGUUAAAAUACAAAGUAGACAUUUAGUGAUAUUGUCAGUGCACAGCAUUUUAAUCCUCACAUCCGACUCUAUAAUCCCCAAACUGUCUUGAUAUCUAUGUCAACAUGCAACUGUUUAGCAGGUAUAAUGUUUAAGCGUGUUAGCAUGCUAACAUUUGCUAAUUACAACUAAACGCAAAGCACAGUAAACCACAGUAUCGGUACUAUUUAGACCUUAUGAUGAUGGUAGAAGAAUCAAGCAAUCCAUCACAUAAUUGUCAAGAUAUUUCAGUCUGGACCAGAGGGGUUGCACAGACAGGGUAGGAGAGAGAAAAUAAUGAGAGAACAGAGUAAGACAUUAUUGUUAGGAGGAUUUGUUGACAAAAAAAAAAAUAUAUAUAUAUAUAGAACAUUACCAGCCUUAUACUUUAAAAUACCCUCAAAUUUAAGUUAUACAGCUGUCAAUGUAAUUUCCAAAUGUGAAGAAACUCACUGUAUUUGUAAAUAAUAUGAUGCUUUUUGUGUUUUUCAAAGUUGUUGCCAUUUCCUAAACACAGAACAAAAAUGAAAUACUACUACUGUAGGAGGUGCAGGAAGGUUUUAAGUCAGUAUUCAUUUGCAGAUAACUGUAGUUGUUACUAAGUCUAUUUCUUAUCAUGUUUAAGUUGUGUUUUUAGUCACUGCUGCCCUCUGUAGAGCAGAGCAUGUACAGUACAGUUUUAACCAUGACACAAAUUUUCAAAACAUUUAAAUUCAUUGCAGUUUUGAAAUCAAACCGAACAAUUUCCAUAUGUUUUUCAUGCUUGUUUUCUUUUGUGGCUUAGGAAAAAAGUAUAUAAAACAAAUACAUUUAUAUAUGCAUAUAACUAACUACAUUUCUAUACAUUGUUGACUUUGAGCAUAGUUUUGAGUAUAGUGUGACACAAAAAGGAAACAAAGGUUUAAAGCUCAGAACCCACAACAGUCUGUCUCUUACAAACUGUUGCAUAUUUGUCACAAGAGCACUUAAAAAUAAUAAUAAUAAAAAGGGUUACCCAUUGUUUUACAUUUGUGGAUAGCCUAUUAUCAGUUUUUUCCCCCCCAGUUUUGCAACAUAUAUUUUAAGAGAAAGUUUUACAUUUGCCACACUUAAAUAGCAAAUGUCUUCUUGUUAGGUUACAUAUUGCGUAUUUCCUCAUUAGGAGUUUACUUUGAAGUACAGUAAUAUAUUUUCCCUGUUUUUCAUUUUCAGAAACUUUGAAAAUAAUAUUCUGUAUAAAUAAAUAUUGUUUAUUUUUCAAAAUAAGUAUUUUCUAUAUUAUUUUUUGAUUUGUAAAAUACUUAAACUGUGAUAUCAGCCACUUAAGUCCAGUGUCUCACUCCAGUGUUGUGUAAAUCUGUGGUUCCCAACCUCAGGGACAGGGGACCUCUCAAAGACUUGCAACAUAAAACUAAGGGGUCACAAAAUGAUUAAGGGCAUAUUAAUUAAGAAAAAACCUAAAUAUGCUAUACAGAACAUAUGUUUAGGUGUAUUGACUGUGUAUUGUUUUAAUUUAUUUAAAUUUAAAACAAUUCCAUUCCUCAGUGUC